CUGAGCCCAAACCCAAAGAUGUCUCCUACAUACUUGCUAGUGGUGUUGCUUGGCCUGGUGGUUCUCACCGCCCCCUCACUUGCUGAUUACCCAAAGAAUCCCCCAUUCGAGAAGCCACCACCAGAGCAUAAGCCUCCGGUGGAGAAGCCACCUCCUGAACACAAGCCUCCGGUGGAGAAGCCACCUCCUGAACACAAGCCUCCAGUGGAGAAGCCACCUCCUGAACACAAACCAACCCCAUUGGAAAAACCUCCCAAGGGGGAGAAGCCACUCCCAGAACACAAGCCACCAACCCCAGUUGGCAAACCACCUAAGGGAGAGAAGCCACCACAUUAUGGUCACAACCCUGGUCACCCUCCUGCUGAGAAUGCUGAAGACUCAUACAAGCCACCAACCCCAGUUGGCAAACCACCUAAGGGAGAGAAGCCACCACAUUAUGGUCACAACCCUGGUCACCCUCCAGCUGAGAAUGCUGAAGACUCAUACAAGCCACCUCGGAAGAUUAAGCCUCCUUCAACUCCAGCAGAGAAGCAACCAGGUCCUGGAAAGAAGCUGCCAACUCCUCCGCACAAGCCACCCCACAAACCUCCUACUCCCACCCAUCCCAACUGAGUGACUUUGAUCAGUAUGAGUAGUAGUACGUAAAAUAAGAGCUGCUAUGCACCCGUAAUUUCCUUUCUUGUGACUCAUAUGUAGUGUUCUAUAUCUGUCACUUCUAUGUCCUAUUCUGGAAUUUUGACGUAAGUUGCUCAUAGCAAGUGUUUGCCCCAUGCUUAUAGCUGAUGAGCACUGAGACAUACGUACGCUGUUAAUGCUAUUUAUGUCGAUAAUAUUUUGUGCUAUCUAUAUUUAGCUUUCUUGAAUAUAUCCAGUACUAUCAAUCACAACUUAUUUUC